AUGAGCUCAGUGGAAGCCAACAACAUGUCAUAUCUCGACACUAGAACUGUAAUUUUGACUGGAAUCCCUGGUCUAGAACAUGUGCAGUUUUGGAUUGGAUUUCCGUCCUUUGCAGUGUGUCUAGUGGCCCUUUUGGGAAAUAUCAUUUUAUUGAUCAUCAUCCCAGCUGAGCGUAGCUUGCACCAGCCCAUGUAUAUCUUCCUGGCUGUGCUGGCAGCUACAGAUAUAGGACUCUGUGCAGCAAUUGCCCCCAAAAUGUUGGCCAGCUUUUGGUUCAGAGCUUAUUCUAUGGCCUUUGAUGCCUGCCUAGCUCAGCUGUUCUUCAUCCAUACUUUACAGUGCAUGGAGUCUGGUAUUCUAUUGGCAAUGGCUUUUGAUCGCUACAUUGCCAUCUGUGACCCUCUGAGACACACAUCUAUCCUUACACCUUCAAUUCUGCAUCGUAUGAUAGUGGUGGUGGUAACUCGAGCAGUAGUACUGGUAGGUCUGUUACCAAGUCUUAUAAAAAGACUGCAUCUUUUUCAUUCUGUUCAAAUUGCUCACUCUUAUUGUGAACACAUGGCUGUGGUGAAGCUUGCAGCAGAUGAUGUACAAGUCAAUAAAAUAUGUGCUUUUGUGGGGUUUAGCAUUCUGGGAUUUGAUAUGACUUUUAUCCUCAUAUCUUAUGCACUGAUUUUCCAGGCUGUUUUUCAUCUUCAACAGAAAGAGGCACGGAUCAAAGCCUUUAACACUUGCACAGCUCAUAUUUUUGUUUUUCUAGAGUUUUAUAUCCUUGCCUUUUUCUCCUUUUUCAGCCACUGUUUUGGUCAUGUUGUUCCUUCAACCCACAUUCUUCUGUCUACCAUCUACCUCCUCCUGCCUCCUGCUCUCAGCCCUAUCGUGUACGGUGUAAAAAAUAUGGUCAUUCGUAGGAGGGUGGAACAGAUCUUUCUUCUAAAUCGUGGAUGUCAGCAGUGA